AUGAGUAUUUCUCUCGUUGCGAGCUUGCCUUCUACUGUCAACGAAGCCAUUUCCAAAAUCGAGAACGAGGCCAAAUCAGUGGAAUCUAGGGAGGAAAUGGAGAUUGCCAUUGGUCCUUUCAAUGUGUUUCACGGAGUAUAUCAAGUUCCAGACGGAGAGUCUGAAGUCGGUCUGGGUGCGAAGACAAGCAUCCCAGUGGUGGAGGAACGCGCUGUCGACAAAUGCGACAACCUGUCUUUUCCGGAAGGCACCGUCUCACCAUCGAACCUGGGCAAGUCUAUGCGAGCCACUGAUUUCGCAACGGCCGAUGUCGCCGGAAGCUGCGAUCUCAUUCUGAAUGAACUCACCGUGUCUGACCCUCUUGACGAGCUUCUCUCGAGCUCUCUAGAAGUCCUUCAAUGGGGGGACUUGUUCACCUGGAAUGCCGAAGUGAACCAUUCUCCCCUUCCGGGCUACUCCAUUGACGAAGUUUCAUGUUCCAACCAUGGACCACACACUAUCCUAGAUGAUUGGACAAUCGGUGAAACGAUCAACCAGCAGAUGACGGAAACUCGAGGGUUCAGCAGGGUACGGCCUAGUGUCUUUCCAGAGCUGAACGAUGAUCUAGUUGCGGAUGCUCCGAUACUUUUGAAACACUUUUACGAUGAAGUCAUAAACCAAAUGGGCUCGCUACCGAUCAACGAGAAGUCUGCAUGGAGGAUUUUGAAUUUUCCUUCUGCCAUCGUCACACUCAGCCAGCUUACUAUUCUUAAAAUACCCAGUCACGGUAUUCGACACGCCAACUUGUCGAACCUUUACGCCCUCAUCGCGGUAUCCGCAUUCCAUCUUUCACUCAAUUCAAAGAGCUUCCCAGAGAUGGAGAAGCCCGAAGGGUACUGGAAACGUCUAUCUGAGAGGACAUAUGAUUGUGCCAAGUUCCACCUGAAGCUCAGCUUGGAGGAGGAGUCUGCCGCCCCAAAGAAAGCCAAGUACAAAGAACAACUGAUGGCCGCCGCAGCUAUUCUUGCAACCGCCUCAAAGCUAUCACGUCGAGCACGACUGUUACACAACAUUUACGCCUGGAUGAGGAUAGUCUCGGAAAGCACUAAAACUUUCCACGAUGAAGCGCCAGUACUCGAUCUAAUUGGCAUCAACGAUGGUUGGGUCACUGCUCAAGACCAUGUUCCUGCGCACGAUCAGUCUCAAGCUGGAAUAGCGUCGUUCAGGCCAGCUAUUUCAAGUGCAGAGCAACUGAGAAAGGUUUACCCAGAAAUUACCCUGGAUAACUUCCUCCACUUGGAACCACUCCAGCUUCAUCCCGACACCACUUUCCACAAUAUCAUCAAUGAUGACAUGACGGAUACCAACAAAGACAUACAUCUAGCAACUGCAAUACAGGAUCAGGAAGACAUAUUACACGACUAG